AUGGCGGUAUUGACGUUCACCAUCAAUCCUGAUGCCCUGGGUAAGCUGCACGAUGCUCUUGUUUGCCUGGGAAAGUUCAGCGAGGCCGUUUGCUUGGAAGCUUCCUCAGACAGGCUAGUCUUGACUGCACUCAAUUCUUCAAAAUCAGCAUACGCCUCUUUCACACUGCUGGGAAACAGGUUCUUCUCCAAGUAUCAUUAUAGACCCUUGAGAUCCAGCAAUCAGGCAAAGGAGAAGUUCACAUGCAAAAUUUAUAACAAGGCACUCUUGUCUGUCUUCAAAGGUCGAGUUGCUGACCCGAGCAGGGAGAAGGACACUGCAGUUGAAAGAUGCGAUGUAUCAGUUGAGGAUGGUGAAGGUAAAACGAAGAGCCGAUUCGUUAUCAAGAUAGUCUGCAGACAUGGCGUUCUCAAGACCUACCGUCUGACAUUCGAGUCCGUUGCACCUAUGCAUGCCUUGUUUGUCAAGGAGAGUGCAAACAACAGUUGGUCGAUAUCGUCCAAAACUCUUCGAGAAUUUGUCGAGCACUUCGGCCCAGGCACGGAGCAGCUUGAUAUCUACUCUGAAGAUGGCCGCGUUAGCUUCACCAGCUACACGGAGAAGAUCAUGUCUGGAAACGAAAUAUUGAAGCAACCACUCCAUACUACAAUCGCCGUGGAUACACUUGAGUUCGGCGAGUUCGCUGUUGAGGAGAAACUUCAUAUUGUCAUCAGUGUCAAGGAUUUCAAAUCUAUCAUCGCACAUGCUGGCAUUACCAACACAAUGGUUAAAGCUUUAUACUCACGUCCAACAAGCCCAAUGCAAUUGACAUACAGCGAAGAUGGUAUUCUGAGCGAGUUCAUUCUCAUGACUAUUGGAGAGUCUCGUGGUGCUUCAGCCACACCAGCACCGAACGCAUCAAGAGCAAACUCGAAGAGACCUGCAUCAAGACAACCUUUGGAAGCGAUAUCGAGCCCUAAGAGGGCUGCCACCUCAAUGCCACCUCCACCAACCACUGCCGCUCCGAAUCUGGGUCGUGAGCCAACGAGAGCGAGAGUCUCCAGACCUUCUCCACCACCCCCACAACCUAGUCUUCAGUCCGAGGCCCUCUUUGUAACUGAGGCUGAAGAUCGAAGAUGGGAUCCGACAAAUUUUGAUGAGGAGGAAGACGAGAUGCUACUUUGGGAUACACCUGGAGAUAAAGAAACUGUGACGAUGAAUUCGGGACAUCUCCAAACAUCUGAGAACCAGAAUCGAAGCACCAACGGUCAUCCUGGAUUGUCGGCGGAGGAUGGCGAGCAGUCAUACACAAUCCCAACCCAGCGCCUGGCACCAACUCAGAACGUUUCAGAGGUACGUUCAAGUCCUUUGUUUGUGGCUGAUAUCAUACUAAUAUCGGGUAGGUCCGAGGUGUGUUUGAUUGAGGCCAAGAAGCCCGAAUAUUCAGAUCAAACUACCAAAUAG